GCGGCGGCGGGCGGUAGCGGCGUGGAAGGAGCGGUGGCUCCGCUGCUGGGCAGGGACGUGCUCCGGUGGAGGCGGUUCCCAGCUCGGCGGAAACAAAAAAACGAGAAAGGAAGGGAGCGGCGGUGGGAACCGGUAUCGCCGGCCACCAUUAGCAGCGGAGGCGGCGGCGGCGGCGGCGGCGGGAGCAGCAGCAGCAGCAGCAGCAGCAGCAGCAAGAGCAGAAGUAGGAGCAGCAGCAGCAGCAGCAGCAGUCGCCGCCGCGGGGGUCCGCAGGCGGAGCAGAGCCCGGGUGCCGCCGGCGGCAGCGAGUGGCAGUGUGCUUGCCGCCUCGCCUCUGUUUUGUGGGGGUCAGCCGCUGCCCGCCAACCCGCGGGGGCUUCCCCGGAGCCGGGGCGAGAUGGAGCAGUUAUCUGAUGAAGAACUUGACCAUGGUGCAGAAGAAGAUAGUGACAAGGAAGAUCAGGAUCUGGACAAGAUGUUUGGGGCAUGGCUGGGAGAACUGGACAAACUCACACAGAGUUUGGACACAGACAAGCCUGUGGCACCAAUGAAAAGGUCACCUCUCCGUCAGGAAACCAAUCUUGCCAACUUCUCAUAUCGCUUCUCCAUGUACAAUUUGAAUGAAGCGCUGAAUCAGGGGGAGACUGUGGAUCUGGAUGCCCUCAUGGCUGAUCUCUGUUCCAUCGAGCAGGAGCUCAGCAGCAUUGGGUCUCAUUCUGCAAACAAUGCUGCAGUGAAACGCCUUGCCACGGAGUCCAAAGCUCAGAAGCCACCUGCUAGCAGGCCUGCUGCUAAGCACAGCAGCAUGAAGGGAUUAUCCUCCUCAUCAGGCAGGGCAACUAAACCAUCACAUGCCAAUGUGUCUUUGGAUGACAUCACUGCACAGCUAGAAAAGGCCUCUCUGAGCAUGGAUGAGGCAGCCCAGCAGUCUGUAGCAGAAGACACCAAACCAGUGGUCACUUCUCAGCACAGGAGGACAGCAUCUGCUGGCACAGUGAGUGAUGCUGAGGUGCGCUCCAUCAGUAAUUCCUCCCGUUCAAGCAUAACCUCUGCAGCUUCCAGCAUGGACUCAUUGGAUAUCGAUAAGGUGACAAGACCUCAGGAACUGGACUUGAAAUCACAAGGGCAGCCAAUCACUGAGCACUCCUAUUUGGACAGGGAAACCUCCCUUCUUCUGAGAAACAUUGCAGGAAAGCCUUCUCAUUUGCUGACCAAGGAGGAACAGGCUGCUAAACUCAAAGCUGAGAAGAUUAGGGUUGCAUUAGAGAAGAUUAAAGAGGCACAAGUGAAAAAGUUGGUGAUCAGAGUCCAUAUGUCUGAUGACAGCUCAAAAACAAUGAUGGUGGAUGAGAGGCAGACAGUGAGACAAGUAUUGGACAAUCUGAUGGACAAAUCACAUUGCGGUUAUAGUUUAGAUUGGUCAUUGGUGGAAACCAUCUCUGAAUUGCAAAUGGAAAGGAUCUUUGAAGAUCAUGAAAAUUUAGUUGAAAAUCUUCUGAACUGGACAAGAGAUAGUCAAAACAAACUAAUGUUCGUGGAACGUAUAGAGAAAUAUGCACUUUUCAAGAAUCCCCAGAACUACCUUCUGGGGAAGAAGGAAACCUCUGAGAUGGCAGACAGAAAUAAAGAGGUGCUUCUAGAGGAGUGUUUUUGUGGAAGUUCUGUAACCGUGCCAGAGAUUGAAGGAGUUUUGUGGCUAAAAGAAGAUGGGAAGAAAUCUUGGAAGAAACGUUACUUUCUUCUUCGAGCUUCUGGAAUCUACUAUGUCCCUAAAGGGAAGGCAAAGGUCUCCCGGGAUCUCGUGUGCUUUCUGCAGCUCGAUCAUGUCAAUGUUUACUAUGGACAAGACUAUCGGAACAAAUACAAAGCACCCACAGACUAUUGUUUAGUGCUAAAGCAUCCUCAGAUUCAGAAAAAAUCCCAGUAUAUCAAGUAUCUUUGCUGUGAUGAUGUAAGAACUCUGCACCAAUGGAUCAAUGGCAUCCGCAUUGCUAAGUAUGGGAAGCAACUCUACAUGAACUAUCAGGAGGCACUGAAGAGAACAGAAUCAGCAUAUGACUGGACUUCCUUGUCUAGCUCCAGUAUCAAGUCAGGCUCCAGCUCAUCUAGUUUGCCAGAAUCUCAAUCAAAUCAUUCUAAUCAAUCUGACAGUGGAGUUUCUGACACCCAGCCAGCUGGACACGUCCGUUCCCAAAGUAUUGUCAGCUCCAUGUUCUCUGAGGCCUGGAAGCGAGGCACUCAACUGGAGGAAUCCAGCAAGGCCCGAAUGGAGCCUGCAGGUCGGCCCUUCAUGUCUGUCGCACCUCCUGUGUCACCACAGACAAAAGUGGCCGCUGCGCCCUACACAGCCUCCCAGCCGUCCCCUCCACUGCCCCCUCCUCCUCCUCCUCCCCCGCCACCCCCACCACCCCCUCCUCCACCUCCACCUCCCCUCCCCAGCCAUGCCGCCCCAUCUCUGGGCUCACCUGCCACCAUCUUUGUCAAGUAUAGCACCAUCACCAGGCUGCAGAACGCUGCCCAGCAUGGCGGGCAUUUUCCCAAAGCUUCUGCUGCUCAGCAGGCUGUCCCGCCCCCCACUCCCUCUGGAAAGCCCCAGAUCCCGAUGCCCCCCAACGGGGUCAUGCCGCCUCCCCCCCCUCCGCCUCCUCCCCCCACACCGGGCUCGGCCAUGGCGCAGCUCAAGCCAGCGCCUUGCGCCCCCUCUGUGCCGCAGUUCACGCCGCCGCCUCCACCCCCCAAAAUCCACCAGGUUCAACCAAAUGUGAGCCAGGCCGCUGCCACCGCCACCUCCUCACUGCCACCGCCACCUCCUCCCGUGCCUGCCCCACCACCGCCCCAGGCACCCCCAAAGCCUGUCAUGGCGGUGCUCCCCCCACAGCCUGGUGGGAAGGCAGCGUCACCAGGGGCCAUGCAUGUGUCCCCCCCAGGGCCAGCUCCCUUGCCCCUCACAAUAAAGAAACAACCAAGCGUCACGUCUCCCCAGGUGCCUCCGCUGCCCCCAACCCCUCCUGGCCCUGCUCCCCCCCCAACAUUCCCAAAGCAGCAGAGUUUCUCUGUAAAGCCUCCUCCAUCCCCUCAGUCCCCAGUGCCAUCGGUAGUGAAGCAGAUAGUUAGCCAGUUCCCACCUCCUCCACUGCCACCUCCCAAUGAGCCCCAGCCUCUGAAACCUCUCCCCCUGAGUGUGGCUCCACAGUCACCUCCAGCAGUGAAGGCAAAGCCCAAAUGGCAGCCCACUUCUGCUCCCUCUCCAGAUUUCCCCCCUCCUCCACCAGAGAGCAGCUUAGUUUUUCCUCCUCCACCUCCUUCCCCAGCUUCCUCUGCAGGUUCUUCCCCCCCUGACAAAUCAGGGUCUCCAGUCAAAAAGGCCAGCAAGACGUCAAGCCCUGGAGGGAAGAAACCACCUCCAACACCUCAGCGAAACUCCAGCAUCAAGUCCACCAGCUCUGCUGAGUACCAUGACUCCAAGAGACCUUCAGUUGACCGCCUUGUAAGCAAAUUUGCACAUCCACCGGAGCCGUCAGGGUCUCCUUCCAAGGAGUCAUCACCUCCUGCAGCCCCUCCAAAGCCAGGAAAGCUCAACCUUUCUGGGGUGAGCCUGCCCAUCGUCCUGCCUCAAGGAGGGAUCCCACUCAAGGCUCCUGCUCCGAGUUCAUCUGGGAAGGAACCAGUGGUUGAAUUCCCUUCACCACCAUCUGAUUCAGACUUUCCACCACCACCGCCUGAAAUAGAUCUUCCUCUCCCACCCAUCGAGGUCCCAUCUGUGUUUUCAGGCAGCACCUCUCCUAAAGUUGCAGUUGUCAAUCCCCAGCCUCAGGCAUGGUCAAAACCGUCAGUGAAAAAAGCCCCACCACCCACCCGUCCCAAGCGGAACGACAGCACCCGACUGACGCAGGCAGAGGUCACAGAGCCACCGGGCUCAGCUGCCUCCCAAGUGCCCACUUCACCCAAGUCCAGCCUUAGCGUUCAGCCAGGGUUCCUGGCAGACCUCAACCGGACACUGCAGCGCAAAUCCAUCACGCGGCACGGCUCCCUCUCCUCCGCGCGGGUAUCCAGAACAGAGCCCACGGCCACCAUGGACGACAUGGCCCUGCCUCCGCCUCCACCAGAGCUCCUGGCUGACCAGCAGAAGAUGAGCAGUUUUGGUGGCAGUCAUAUAUCUGGCUAUGCAACAUUACGGAGGGGGCCACCCCCUGCACCUCCCAAAAGGGAUCAGAACACCAAACUGUCACAGGACUGGUAGCCGAGGCGCCUGGGCAGGUGCUCCCCGUGACUUGUGGGCCUCUACAUGAUCUUGGAGAGAAUGUGGGCAUGUGGAUGAUAUUCCCAUAAAAAUGAGGUGAUCUCAAGCUUUGUAGCUAAGGCUAAAUGUAAAGACACUCCCCCUUUCAUGACUGGGCCAAAAAUAGUUGGGGGCUUCCAGGUGUUACUAUUUUAUUCAGAAAGGUGGGUAGAGAGGCAUUAAGUUAUCCUUUCAGUUUGUUUUGCCUUUCAUUUAGAUUGGACCAAACCCCCAUUUUCUUACUUUUUCUGCAUUUAGGGGAGGGAGAUCAAUUUUUGUAGUGUCUGUCCAUGUGAGACAUGUUUGUGCAUGUAUUAUAAGUGUAGGUAUAUAAUAUAUUGUGAUACACUUUGUCACAAUUACAGAAGUUAACCAGAAUGUUUUUGUAGAACCGUAUUUAUUGUUUCAGUCAAUAUAUUUUCUAGAAUUGGAUGCUGUAACUAGCCAAAUCUUACCACAAAGGUGAAGAUGUAGGGGGCACUUUAGAGAAAGGAAAAAAAAGAAUCAAACAUGCAAAAAAAAAAAAAAAAAAACCAACAACCAACACAAACCUCUUGACAGUUUGUUCUGGGCAAAUGGUGCAGAGCUGAGUUGUUCUGCUAGUAACUAUACAUUGUCCACUGAUUGAAAAAGUACAGACACAACGUACCAAAACAUUCUGGUCAUAGUACUACUGAAAAUAAGUGUGUUCUGUGGAAGAAAAUGGAUUUUUAUAUAUAGUGGUCUGGAGUGAAAUAUAUUUAUACUAUAAAGAGCCUCCCUCUCCCUUCCAAAUAAGCUUAAAAGUAUACACUGCAACAAAUCAUUUCAAAGUUAUUUGUCCAUGCAGUAAGUAGGAUAUAUAUUAUCCAUUCUCCAUUACGACUUUAUAGUAGAUUCAGUCAUUUGUUUCUGUGGCUCAAAAUGAAUAUAUUUGUAUUAACCCCUUCUGAAAGCUGCCAGGACUCCUGCAGUUGAUGAGAACCCACAAGGCUGACCCAUGCCGACACAUCACUUGUAUAUGUAAUUGUUUCCCUGAAUGAACAGGUAGGUUUCUGUAGAGAGAAUUUUUUUCUCACACAAGCAUACACAGUGUACAAUCUCACCUUGUAUAUACUGGAUGAAAAAAUGUAUUAUCUUUACAAAAAACAAGUGUCUGGAAAUAUUUAAAGAAAGUAUUGUCUGUAAUUCAUUAGAAACUGUCAGGAACCUUUCCCUUCUAGAAACAGAAGUAAGUGGUAAUUUUAGGCCAUGCAGGUGGGAAUUCUCUCUCAUUUUUGACCCACCAGCAACUUUGACCAAUGCAUAAACAAAUUACAGAGUUGUACUUCGGCAGUAAACGGAGAAGACUGGGGGGGAAAAAAACCCAAAAGACAACAACUUUGAGAGGCAAUAGCACUUGCUAAUUAAUUUAAGGGGCCUGCAUUAGUAGGAAGUAGAUUGCUGUAUUUUUUUGUUUGCCACAGUCAAUCACUAGAUCAAGUACUAGAGUCCUUUUUCUUGUACUUCAGUAGCUUGGUUGCACAGUCUUACCCCAGGUAUUUGGAUGCUGUGAUAAGGUGGUGUAGUUAGCUUAAGUGGUCUUACGUAUACCAUGCAUGUCCAUUACAGGGUAGUGGUACACAGCCUUUGUAAAUCUAACUAAAAUACUUGGACUGUACCUACGCCAUCUCUGGUUGCUACAGCUUUCCUCAUCACCAUGGGGAUACUGUCAAGGCUCAGAUGGCAAAUGAUUUUACUGUUUCUUUACCAUUUUUUCGAGAGCAGAUUUUAAAUGCUCUCCUUCCCCCAAAGAAUAUGACAAAGGACAUAGCUUGACCUGACAGUAUCCUCAAGCGUGUAAAAAAAGAUAUAAACUGAUCUCUCAUUAGAAUAAGUCAGUCUGAUAGCUAUAAGAAAUAUUAUGACAAUGUCCCCUACUACUUUUUUUAUAAAGUGUUUUUUUUUUAAAUCCAAACAAUAAAAUUAAUGUUUUUGUGAAUAAUUUAUGAAUAGGAAAAAGUUUUGCUAAUUAGAGGGGGGAAAUGACACGUCUAUAACUAUAUAGUUUUUGAUAAGUACAUCGUGAAAAUAAAAUAAUUAAUGGUGCUGUCUCUGCUGACCUGUUUCAUAUGAUUUUUUAAAGAUCUGUUUCAGCACCUCUGGAAAUUGUUUUACUAUUUCAGACUAGUUUUUUUGAGCAAUAAGAGUAUAUACCAUUGUGUGCAUUUUUAAAGCAUUGCUAUAGCAAGGCACUUGUUUGUAUCUUUCAAAUUGUUCACAAAGUUUCAUUUCUACUAUUUUUGUGCUUAUAAAGUGUCCUUAAAAGCAUUUGCAUUGUUGAUUUUAAGCAUGCUCGGUGUAGCUGGCAAAUAACUUCACAGGAAGAUUGUUAAGCUAUACUGCAGUUCAUAGGUGCUGUAAUUCUCAACCUUGUCCUCCUGCUUAGGCAGCUCCUGGGGUUCAUACCCACCAGUGGUGCAAAAGGUGUGCAGAUAGAGUUGUCACUCUCCAGCUGUUACGAGGUUAGGUGAGUGGACACAUCCUCCUAUUCCCUGGCAAGAUGCAACUGGGCUGGUGCAGUGUGUGCUCCCAGAGCAGAGCAGUCAGGGAAUUCUUCUUGCCCCAUCUGUUUUUCUUGUCCCUCCAAGGCAGCUCCACUGGUGCCUGUCAGUUCCAGCCCAUUUUCUUUUGUUCAUUCAGUGCAGGUAGCUCUGGGCUUUGCACUCAGCAGAGUCAUGUUUUGAGUGGGGUUUGUUGAGAGACGUUUGAGCUUGGUGUUCUCGUUUUCCUGUGCCUAAGUUAAUUGACUGCCGCAGGCUGCUACACAGCUUGCUUGGAGACAAAUUUAACUCUUUAAAUCUGCAGCAAAAGGAAUGAGUGUUGGCAGGGGUGGCACCCAGUAUUCCUUGUUACAACUUACUUCCUAAGCCAGUGGUGAUAAAGCAAUCUAGUCAGUUGCUGCAGCUUGCUUUCUCUCAGCUGAGCACUGAAAUUUAGCUACGGUGUGUUUCAGACAACUGGGCUGCCUUUUCAGCUUAUCAGACACCCUCAUUGUAACUUGCUUUUCCAGUGUAUUUACUGGUUUUAUGACAGUAAAUACUUAUGCCUUAUUUACAAGUAAGUUAUUUUCCCCCAUGUGCACUUGUCUCAUAAGUGCACCAUUAUAUUUAUUUAAACAGAAAACAAAGGGGCCAGAUCUCAGACACAUAGCAAGAAGCUUCCUCCUUUUUUCGUUUUGGAAUUAUUAAAAUGAGCAUGUGAGAGCUGAGCUUUCAUACUCAGGACACAAAGAUAGCAGAUGCUUUGAUCCUAAAAUACUAAGAGUUGAGUUGUAGUUGGACUUCAUGAUCUCUGAGGUCCCUUCCAACACAGCCAAUUCUAUGAUUCUAUAUAAUGUGAUGAAGUGUGUGGCCUUUGAGACUUGUUAAGGUAAGUGUUGGGGAAAGCCCAGCUGCUGCAAGGGCAUCUGAGAGUAUAUAGCUGCAUUUAUUAAUGUAUUCCAAAUUUGGUCUUCAUUUUCUCUGCCAUGCAGCACUAUCCACCUCUGUGAGCAGCAGGGUCCUUCCUGUCCAACCGCAUUUCCCCUGCCUGCAGCACAGCUGUAGUAAGCAGGGAGUCAGGCAUCUUGGACACUCAUAAUUGAGGUCUGGGGAAGUUUUUUUGGAGGGAAAAGCUAGGCUCUUAUAUUGGUACUAAUCCUUGAGGAGAAAUUAUUUUACAAGAACAUAUGUUCUAAACAGACUACAGGUAACAUGUUUGAGGUGGACGUGCUGGGAAUUCUGCUUAGUCUUUCAAAAACCUGUGGUUGAGGGGGGGGCUGUGUACAAAUCUCAAAAUAAUCCUGUUAUUUUCUAUGGAAGAGGAAACUCCUGCUUCACCCUGUGCAGUGGUUUCCUCCUGCAACAAACCACUUUCCUCCUGCUUGCUCUGAUAUGGUGCAUGACUGCAAAGCCAAAGAACUCCUCUCCUGAACUCGUGAAGGUACCUGAAUCUCUUUGGUUUCAGCUCUGAUGGGAGAUCAGGUUUUUCUCAACAAGUGCAUUUUAACAUUUUACUGUUCUGGACUUGCACAUUUUAAGGUUUUUCUAUUUUCUCCUUUUUGUGCCCUUAACCAACCAGAUAAGUCAACUCAGAGAUAAAGAGUGGCCAGUUUUCCUCUGAGUUAAAAUUAUUUUUUCCAGUUAAAGGAACCAAAAGUGCCAUUUCAACAGCAGAACGGCAAAAGAGAAAUUUUAUACUUAUUACAGAAAACCACAUAAAACUAAGCUGGUUUACUUCAGAGGUAACCAUUGCAGGUAAAUUUGUUCCUUAUUCAAGAUUAUAAGUGGGUCUUAAUGUAUGACUAAAAUACACAGAGUCAUGUUAUAAUCAGUUGCACUCCAGGAAAGCAAUAUAAAUUCCUGACAAAAAAACCUGAGGGUGCAGCCAGCAUGUGCAAGAUUGUGGGUUUUUUCCCCCUUUUCUCACUGUUAACAUGUAGAUUAUCUACUUGUAACAGUGCUCUUUAUCAGGGGGUGAGGGGAAUCUUAAUGCUUGGGGGAAGAGAUGUUUUUCCAAAGCGCAUUUGUGGCUCCUGGUGUUCAGCUUUGCAUUCCCUCUUAUGAUCAGGGCAGAUUCCAAACCCAAGGAUGUAACACUACAGGAGACAGUUUCUCUUACAUGUUCUUGUAAUGUACUGGUGGGUUUUAAUUUUUUGUUUGUUUGUUUGCUUUGAGUAACUUUUUUUUCUGAAGUCUUUUUCAAUUAAAAAAAACAACCCACCCAUGAAGACUUACAAAACCAGCGUUAUGUUGCACUCACUAAUAUUGUGAUCCAGUGAGUCACAGGCUGUGUCUGGUUUUGAAAAGUUUAAGACACUAAACUGCAAAUGAGGUGACAACACGUGCUUGUCCCUCAAAAUGAUGCCACGAACACUGGAAGAACAGUGAUUUGAAUUGCUGACUAUUUGGUGCUCUGAGGCACAGAACAGGGCAAGGACUGAGUGAGCUUUCUGUUCACCAGGGUGUGUGAAGAGCUGAAGAGCUCUAGGGAAGCUGGAAGAACCCGAGGAAGAGGAAUUAGUGCUAUAUGCACGAUCCCCCACGGCAGGGAUUUAGUGAGGGAAAUAAUUGAGAAGGAAUGUGAAAACAGGUUUUUGGAAACCACCCCCAAUUUAAAUGCUUAACAGGGACAUUUCUUUUAGAAGGCUUAGGAAUUUAACCGUUUCCUACAGUGGAGAAUAAUUUCCUCCCACUUUCCCCAAGAUGCCAAAGAUGCAUUCAGAGCUAAUUUCAAGGAACCAAGAUGUGCUUGGAGCAGCCUCUAUUGAGGCUAAGUUGACAGGAAUUGCUCUGCAGGGCUGCACUGUUACCGGUUGUGCAUCUCUUGCCUUUAAACAAUGCUGAUAACUGGGUACAUCUGCAAAGGGCCAAGGCAAACAAACUUGAGCCUUUCCUUUCUGCUGAUUUGGUGCAACACUAUAAAGGUUGGACUUCUAAAAGGAAAAACAAAAUGCUUUGUCAGAAGUUGGAAUUGGAAAUUUAAAGUCUCCUAGUGGACUGCAGCAGACCAGAAAUUUAACUGGAGCAGCAGCUUGUUUCAUGGCUUACACUAAUUGUUAGCAGCCACUGGUGAUACUCUGUAUAGUACUGGGGAUGCAAAUGUAAGAAAAAAGUGUCAUUGCAAUGAUUUGUCUGUGCAGCAAACUUGUGCUGAGUGCUGUAAAUAUAUUCAUGUUUACUGCUUUAAAAAAAAAAAAUAUUGCACAUUUUAUCUUUCAGUGGGAUUGCCUCCCCUCCUCUUCCCUUUCCAAAAAAGAAAAAUCAAAGCUCUUUUAGACUGAUAGCUUCAGGUUGGUGGGAGCUUUGCCAUAUUAUAAAUAUAUAUAAAUAUAUAUGUAUAAAUAUACUUUUUUAAGCAUGGGAGAGGACAGAAGAAAUACUACAUUAUAGAGUACCCAAUAUAGAUCAUUAUACAAUGGAAUAUGCACAAUUCAAUAAAGAUGUAAUUAAAUUU